UUUUAUGCUUCUGAGAAGAUUCCCGUCAACUCUUGACAGUGAAGCUGGUCCCUUCCUGCAACUCCCGUGUAUAGCGUAAACUCUCCAGUCUCAUCCUUUUCUUAGAAUAAUUAAACGACAUCGCUUCUAUCUCUUACAUUAGUCAAUUGCUUCUUCUUGAUUAUGCCACAUCAAGGAACAUGAUAUGGAGCCCCACUCAAUCUCAAUCACAAUCACAUCCAUAUCUCAUCUGCUGUAUCUACGUACCAAAAACUCAUGAUUUGACUCUCCAUAUUUAAUCGCUAGUAGUUGUGAAUCCAUCUUCUUCGUCUUGGUUAUGUAAAUCAAUAUUAAUGGCCGGGAGAAUUGGUUCAUUUAGGCACAGCUUUGCUGAGAGGAGUAAAGAAAGAUUGCUCUCUAAAAAGGGAUAUUCAGACUUUGGUCUAAACAGCUCCGGCGACAGUGAAGAUGGAGUCAAAUGCAAGUGUUUUCGUUCAUUCUCCGAUGGAAUUAUUAACUCUUGGAAUACUUUGCAAGAUGUUUCCCGUAAGUUAUAUGAGAUGGGUCGUUCCGAUCCUCGAAAAGUCAUUUUUGCCGUCAAGAUGGGAAUGGCUCUGGCUCUUGUAUCACUCGUCAUAUUCCUCAAAGAGCCUCUGGCUAAUGUUAGCCAAUACUCGAUCUGGGCAAUUCUUACAGUCGUCGUUGUUUUCGAGUACAGCGUAGGUGCCACUCUUAACAAAGGGUUCAAUCGUGCCUUGGGAACGUUUUCUGCUGGAGGUCUUGCUUUGGGAAUUGCAGAACUUUCUAUACACGCUGGAAAAUUUCAAGAAGUUUUUAUUAUAAUUAGUAUUUUCAUUGCAGGAUUCUGUGCAAGUUAUUUGAAGCUUUAUCCGACUAUGAAAACUUAUGAAUACGGAUUUCGAGUAUUCUUGUUGACAUAUUGUAUCGUUCUUGUGUCUGGAAAUUCAACAACAUUUUUCCAAACAGCAUUCUAUCGAUUAGUGCUGAUUGCGGUUGGUGCUGGAAUAUGCUUGGUAAUAAAUGUUCUUAUAUUUCCCAUCUGGGCAGGGGAGGAUCUACACAAAUUGGUUGUUAAAAAUUUCAAGGGUGUUGCUGCUUCCUUGGAAGGCUGUGUUGAUCGAUACUUGCAAUGCGUUGAAUAUGAGAGGAUUCCUUCAAAAAUUCUUACCUAUCAAGCUUCAGAUGAUCCAUUGUACAGUGGCUAUAGAUCUGCUGUACAGUCUUCAAGCCAAGAGGAAUCCCUGCUGGACUUUGCAAUAUGGGAGCCACCUCAUGGCCCUUACAGAACGUUCAAUUAUCCCUGGAGAAACUAUGUUAACGUAAGUGGUGCAUUGAGACAUUGUGCAUUUAUGGUCAUGGCUAUGCACGGGUGCAUACUUGCAGAAAUACAGGCACCACCAGAAAAGAGACAGGAGUUUGCUAGUGAGCUUCAAAGGGUUGGUAACGAAGGUGCUAAAGUAAUACGCGACCUUGGAGACAAAGUUGAAAAGAUGGAAAAGUUAAGCCCCGGAGACAUACUACUAGCAGUACAUGAAGCAGCAGAGGAGUUGCAAAUGAAGAUUGAUAAAAAGUCAUAUCUUCUGGUGAAUUCAGAAAGCUGGGCAGACGUAGCAAAGCGAAAGGAAUUUCAAGAUCCUGAGAACUCUAUUGAAGUUAAAGACGAUGAAAAAAAAGUGAUCACGUCCCUCAGCGAACUGUGGGGGGAUGCUCAGCAUCCAAACAUGGGCACGAGCCCUCCCAUGGCAGAAUGGAUUUCCUCGGAGAAUAUUUCCAGAAGUUCAUUGGCCUGGCCACGUCUGUCAUUUCAUAAUGCAGAGACCAUGCAGGUUGUUGAACAGGAAUCGAAAGUAUAUGAAAGUGCUAGCUCUUUGUCUUUGGCAACAUUUGCUUCACUCUUGAUAGAGUUUGUUGCAAGGCUUCAAAAUCUUGUGGAUGAAUUUAAAGAGCUAAGUGAGAGAGCAAAUUUUAAGGAACCCAGUGAAUCAGAUGCACUGCCAGAAGAAGUGGUGGGAUUUUGGACCAGACUGAGCAGGUGCUUUCAGUUGAAGAAUAAAGGUCCUGUGUAAGUUGGUUAAAAAUUUUUUGGUUCCUUCUUUCUUUGGGGUUAUUGAUAAUCUAAAAGUCAGCUUUUUUUUUUUUUUAAAUAAAAAAUCAAAAAAAAAGUCAAAACAAAAUGUACUUGUUUAAUGAACAUUUACAGCAAUAAUUGGGAAGCAAUCUAUUUCUCCCUCACAGCAAUUUUUGAAA